AUGCGGCGUUUCUUGUUGGCUACGGUAUUGGUAUCACAGGCUUAUGCUUCCUUCUGCGGAGACUCAGCAAUUCCAUUCAGUUUCGAGGUCCUCCCUGAUGGCCAGCCCGUGCUCGGUUGCGCGAGACCAACUUGUUUCGGAUGGUCUCCAAGUGGUUUGCCAGCCUCGCAAACCGGCAAUUUCUACCGUAUCAACAAGCGUCCCGACGGUUUCAUGAGGAACGAUCGGGCUACUAUCCCGCCGUUCAGCCAUUUGGAUGCUAGGCUGCAAAGGUCUAUGACAGCCGAAUGCGAGGCGACGUACCAAUCGAACACUUGCGAUCCAGCUCGUCAAUGGGUUGGAGGAAUUGCUCCCCUGCUGAAUGUUUCUGCUUUCCCUACCGUGCUCCAAUGCUGCAACUAUGAAGUGCUGCGUGCAUCAACAGACCGUGGUGUCGCCGUUGUCAACCCAGGCCAAAUCGUUGUCGGCGGAGAGGUCAUGCGCGCCGGCAAGCAGUAUGCCUUUGAUUACAUCGCUGAUGUUGUCAAAUCGGUGAAUGGAGAUGGAACCGUGUCUUAUGAUGUGUCGAUCAGACGUAUGCCCUGCCUCGCCCUUGCCGAUAACUUUGCGAAGAACGGAGAGGGAAAGAAUGCCGGAGCUUUCCGCGCCUUCCAAGCCCCAAAUGUUGCUCAGCCCCCGAUCAACGUCGCCGGACUUGACGGACAGCAGCAAGGAGUCCAGGGACCUUUCCAGGUCGACCAAAAUGGUGUUGUUGAAGACACCGUAGCCGAUCAGGCUGUCGUUCCCCAAUCUACCGGACCUCAAGCCGCCGCUAAUAACGGAGCCACCGUUCAGUUCUACGAAGCCCGACCCAUCUUUGGACCCCUUGAGCCCGUCCAAGCCCCAAUUCCACAAGUGGCCGCUCCAGCUCAGUUCGUCCCCGUGGCACCUCAAGCCGCCCCUGUCGCACCUGCCGCACCUGCCGCACCUGCCUACUACUACCCAUCAUACUACUACGGAAGUGGAGGCGGUGGUGGUGGAUACUACUGCUUCACUGAUGACACGAUCCUUGAGAAGCCCGAUGGAUCCUCGGUUCGUAUGGAUGAGCUGAAGAGGGAUGACUGGGUGAAGACUAUUCAUGAUGAUAAGGUCGUCUACACCCCAGUCAGCUUCUGGCUGCACAGGGUCCCAUCUCAGGAGGCUGAGUUUAUGAAGUUGACACUCGAGAAUGGAAAGGAGCUGAAGCUGACCGCAAAACACUACAUCUACAAAACGAAGUGCAGCGCUCCUGGUGAAACCGUUCAGCUUCCAAAUGGAGCUGUAUUUGCCGAUAUGGUUAAUGAAGGAGAUUGCUUGUUCAGUGUUGAUAAGGAAACCGUCAGUGAAUCCAAGGUCGUCAAGGUGGAGAAGGUCACCCAGACCGGAAUCUACGCCCCGAUGACUUCUAACGGAAAGCUUGUCGUCAACGGCGUCUUCGCUUCGUGCCAUAAUAUUGUUCAACAACACGAGCUUCAACGCACCUUCUUCAGCUACUUGAAUAGUCUGAAUGACUUUAUCAAGGGAUACUUCACCGAGAAGGAUGUGAAUGAGCUUCCCUACGGCAUGGGCACCAUCGUCCAGAUGCUCGAGUUCGCUCUACCAAAGAACAUGUUU